AUGGAAGAUGAGGAAUGGGGAGAGGGAAUCAACUUUCUGGCACACCUAUCUAUUUAUAUGCGUGAGAGCUGGUUGAGUGGUCGCUUCUGGCUUGACUACGCUACGAGAAAGAGUUGGGCAUUCGAUACAAUGUUCUGGAAGUACUUGGAUGAUAAGUUCUUUGGGUCGAGAGAUGAGGAUAUACAAGAAUCUCAGUUUUGGACGGCAAGGGUUCAUCUUCUAGGGAAAGAGGCACAAAAGUCUAUGGAAAUGGUCGUGGAAAGGAAGAUGAAUGACGCAAAAGAGAGAGUCCUAGUAGAUUGGGAUCCGGCUACAGCGAAGCAACUUCUCCAAGAGGCAUUGGGAGAUUAUUCAGGUUCGCAGUCGUAA